AUGGCGGCCACGGCCACAAACCUCUCCGAUCCAGCCGCGGUGCUGCGAAUAGCACAGAAGGCGUCUCCGAUCCUUGUCAAAGCGUCCUCAGUCAGCACAAGUUUCCCUGCCUCAAUCUUCAACUCAGCAGAUUCCAGCGAGCUUUGGAGAGAAGUUGAGCAGCUCCUCUACGCGUGCCUCCGUACCGGAGAUGACGAGUCGGCCUUUUUGUGCGUGGAACGGUUAGGGAAGAGAUUUGGUGAAGACAAUGAACGCGUGAUGGCUAUGAGGGGCUUGUAUCAAGAGGCUGUGGCAACUGACGAAGCUGCUCUGAGAAAGAUACUCGAAGACUACACCCAAGUGCUGAGGGAGAAUCCCAUGAAUGUCCCUGUCCACAAACGCCGGUUGGCGCUCCUGAAAAGCAUGGGAAGACCUCAAGAUGCCAUCUCAGGGUUGGUGAAGUUCGUUGACUCGUUUCCCACCGAUAUCGAGGCGUGGUGCGAAUUGAGCGAUCUUUACGAAUCACAGGGGUGCAUUUCGCAAGCCAUCUUUUCCCUGGAGGAGGCUGUCAUCAUCACUCCGAAUGCAUGGAAUCUCCAGGCACGGCUUGGUGAGCUUGAAUAUCUGGCCGGCACGUCAUCAAGCGACAAUACCGAAAAUCAGCAGCAUUUGACACAAGCAGUUCGUCGCUUCAGCCGCAGCAUUGAGCUUUGCGACGAUUACCUCCGGGGAUUCUACGGACUGAAGUUGGCCUCGGACAAACUGUUAGGGGCCUACUCGGAAUCCAAGGCGAACAAAGACGUGGCCAUCGCGCCAGAAAAGCUGCAACGGUUAAGCCAGUUGGCCACAUCCAAGCUUGAAGCUAUCUUGAAGCAACGCACCAGCCGCAGAUCAUCUGCAGGCUACGACACAGAAGUUCUUGUAGUUCAGCAACUGCUGGACGGAUCAAAAGGUUGA